UACGUCGCGCUCCGCUUUGGGCACAAUGGUCGACUUUGACGAAGACGUGAUUGUUGUCGACGAUGUCGAGGACGGCGACGCGUUUCAGCCCUCUCAUAGGGCCGCUGCGAGCCACGCCCCGCAACGCAGCCUCCCCCCUCGCGCAUCCCGAACGGCCGCCAACCUCCGCAGGCAGAGCACCCCUCCCUACGCAGACCCCUCCGAAGGACGGACGACUCGCAGCGCUGCGAGGGGCGCGAAGCCACAGCCCAAGUUGAAGCUCAAACUGAGCGAGAAGGCCGCGGCCCAGGCCCCGGGGAUGUCCUUCCUGGGGCCGUACGACCGCGAGCUCGAUUCCGACGACGAGGACUUGGUGUUCGAGGAGCAGUUCAUACUCCGCAUGCCGCCCGGAGAGGACUGCGAGAGGCUGAGGAAGAUGGCGCAGGCGAGGGAGGUCUCGGAUGACGUCUGGUUCAAGUUCAAGGACUCGAGGCGGGCUGUAUUCCACAUAGGAAACAACACUUAUCAAUCUAAGUUGGUAGACCUGCCAUGCAUCGUCGAGUCGCAGAAGACCCUGGACAACAAGCAGAUGUUCAAGGUGGCGGAUAUCUGUCAGAUGCUCGUCGUCGAGGAUAAGGUCGCGGACGAGAACUCGCUAGCGAACCGCGGCAACUUCAACAUCGACGAGUUCAUCUGGCCGCACGGCAUAACCCCGCCCCUCAAGCACGUCCGCAAACGCCGCUUCCGCAAGCGCGUGAACCGUCGAACGAUCGAGACCGUCGAGCAAGAAGUCGAGCGCCUCCUCGAGGCCGACGCGCUCGCGUCGGACGUCAAGUACGAAGUGUUCGAGAACGUGAACCCGGACCUGUCCGACUCUGAGUUCGUCGACCGCGAGCCCGACGCGCCGCUCGACGCGCCCACGCCCUUCGGCUUCGACGCGCCGACUCCGGCGACGCAGGCGGGCGACGCGGACGAGGACGAGGAGGGGGGCGGGGCCCACGCGCGCGAGGAGGACGAGGAGGGCGAGGGCGACAUCGACGAGGAGCUCGCGGCGGAGCUCGACCUCGCGCUGGGGGAUGACGAGGGCGGCGUGGAGGCGGACGAGGACGAGGACGAAGAGGACGAGGACGAGGACGAGGAGGACGAGAGCGACGAGGAUGACGACGACGACGACGACGAGACGGUGCAGGCGCGGAAGCUGCUGAACGAGGAGAUCAGGGAUCUGGAGGCCGCGGUGAACAAGAAGCGGAACGAGAUCGCGAGCUCGGGCAACCCGCUCAUCAAGCGCCGCUUCGAGGACGCGCUCAAGAAGCUGCAGGCGGACCUGGACACAAAGAUGGCGCAGCGGGACGAGAUGAAGGAGAAGUCGCGGCUCCGAAAGGAGGGCAUCAUCCCUGGUGCCGCGACCGGUGGAAACGACCCCGACGAGUUUGGUGGGGAAGACGACGACGAUCUCUUUGGCGAGGGCCCAGAUGGCAUGGAGAUUGGCUAAACUGCGACCCUCUGGACCCCCUUCCUCGGCCACCUUCAUCUCCUGCUCCGUAUAUACGCCCAUUGUCACAUUGCUGUCGCACCAUGCAAAUCAUCCCAAUUUUUGUAUCAUAGUGGAUAUUGUAUUAGUUAUCGUCAAUCCAUAC